AAGAUGGCGUAUGGUUGUUUGAGCGGAUGGUUGCGGCAGUUCAACGUAGUGCACACGAUGUUUUCAUAAAUAAAAUUGAUGUAUUUUGAAUAAAAAGUGCCAUUUUUUGCAAUUCUAUGCAUAUUAAUGAUAAAUUAAGCGCUGAAAAUUCGCAACUCGGCUUUGUAAGCGCGCGCUAAAGUGCUAUAAUUGAGAAAAAGUGCACAUUUUUUUUUUAUCGAAGCAAAAGUAUUUGUAGUCUGCGAAAUUGUUUUCUGCAACCGAUUUGAUAGAAAAGCACAACAGGCGGAAGUGUUGCGGGCGACCGGCAUUCGCCAGAGUGAGAUAAACAUAACAAAUUGCAAACGUUCAGGAAGUGCUUAUCAGUCCGAAUUUUUGUUUUUGUUUCGCUUUAAAGUGCAUUUUGUUUAUUCGAAACAAAAACAUACAACAAUAAAAGUCGAUGUGCGAAUGUGAAUUGUUUAAUAAUAGUAGAAUUAUGAGUGCGGGUGUGUGUGUCGGCCAAAAGCCGGCAAAGCCAUUGAAUUCAUUCAUGCAAUUGAUAACAAACUGCAAUUUUUUCUUCUAAACAAAUUUAAUUACUUUUCGAAUAUCAAUCCACAUACACCACUUCCCCGACUCCUGUUCCAGCUUCUUUGAGUACACACAUUCAAAGCGUAUUUGUCAAAGUGUGAAAAAAGUGCGAAAAGUGUUAAAAAUGUCACACCCGUGUUAUAUUGCAAAUGUUGAAAAAUCAUAAAAUAAAAGAAGCAUACAAAGUUUGCCAAAAACGGAUUAAAAUCAAAGAGGAUUCAUAUUACAAUCCGGACAAGCGUCAGCGGGGCGCCAAUCGAUUGCGCACCACAGGAGUCUCGGCAACAUUUGUAAGUUGUAAAAAUGUGGUCUCCACGCUCGGGUGGCAGCGUGUGGCCACAGAAAUGGAAACAAACAAAGUGUCAGCGGCAGCAGCUGCUGCAAUUGAAUUUGGUUGUAUUUGUAAUUUUGGCAUCGUUGCUCCUGCAGGCUGAGGUUUCAUAUGCAAGUCAAGCGCUCACCUUUACAAUUGAGCCGCAGGAUGUGGUCGUGCCGGAGGGACAUUCAGUGCUGCUGCAGUGUGGCGGCACAGCACAAAUCGGCAAAACAGCGAAAUUGUUACCGAAUAUACGUUGGCGUGGACCAGAUGGACAGGAUUUGGGUAUAGUGGGUGACACAUUUCGCACGCAGUUAAAUAACGGUUCGUUAUACAUAAGUUCAGUUGAGGAGAAUCGCGGCUUGACCGGCUCCUAUCAGUGUCUACUAAGCGCUGAUGGCAUUGGCAGCAUUGUAAGUCGCGCGGCAAUCGUGUCGAUAGCGCGUUUGCCUGAUCUAAAUCAAGACUUUAUCGAAACGUAUCUGCUGCCCGGUCAGACGGCCUACUUUCGCUGUAUGAUCGGUCAAGUUCAGCCAGGCAUCAAGCACGCCGUGCAAUGGCUCAAAGACGAUAUACCGCUCGUGUUGGACAAGUUGCGUAUGGUCGUGCUGCCAAAUGGCGCUUUGGAGAUCGAUGAGGUGGGCAUUGGCGAUCGCGGCGCCUAUCAGUGCAACGUGACAUCGGGCAGCGUGUCGCGUUUGAGCAGCAAGACAAGCUUGAACAUCAAAAAGAUGACAGAUCCGGGUGGCGAAACCCUAGUAGCGCCAUCAUUUCUGGUGGGUCCCUCACCGAAAACCGUAAAAGAGGGCGAUAGCGUUACGCUCGACUGUGUGGCGAACGGUGUACCUAAGCCGCAGAUUAAGUGGCUGCGCAAUGGCGAGGAGCUGGAUCUCAAUGACCUGGAUUCGCAAUUCUCCAUCAUCGGUACGGGUUCGCUGCAAAUUUCCUCUGCCGAAGACACCGACUCGGGCAACUAUCAGUGUCGUGCAAGCAAUAAAGUCGACUCACUCGAUGCGCAAGCCACUGUGCAAGUGUUGGUGCCGCCUAAGUUCAUUAAGAGUCCGAAGGACAAGACCGCUCACGAAAAGGAAGAAUUAGAGUUGGAAUGUGCGAUACGCGGCAAGCCGAAGCCGCUGAUCCAGUGGUUGAAGAACGGUGAUGUGAUCACGCCCAACACUUACAUGCAGUUGGUUGCAGGUCACAAUCUGCGCAUUUUUGGUCUGCUGCAGUCCGACGCUGGCAUGUUCCAGUGCGUCGGCACGAAUCCGGCGGGCAGUGUGCAAGCGGCGGCGCGGCUGCGUGUUGUUCAAGCGGGCAAAUCUAAAUAUUACCGCCCAUCCCCUUCCAAAACGCCCAAAUCUCGACCACUACCAUCAGCUUCACCUAUGCGUCGACGCAAAGGUGGUGGCGGCGCCGCCUCUUUAGAUGGACAUACUAAAUCAAUUGAUCAUUUUGACACAUUCGGUGAUGCCAUAGACACGGCCAUGGUUUCGUCAACACGUAGUCUCUCCAAAAGCGCACUGGACAGUUUACUCUCACAGAGAGGCCGUAAAUUGCCAAGGCCAGAGAGACCACAAAAUGACAAUAGCUAUGGUGAAUUUGCCUCACUGAAACACAUCGAACAGUUGGACAUGGACAUGGAAGAUACGGACAGUUCGUUGGAAUUGCCGACAAGUACGCAUGAAUUUAACGGUGACGACGUUAACCAGGAAGAUGGUGAUGAUGACGAAGACGAUUACGACGAUUUGAAAGACAAUCAGGAGUUCAUUGACGCUUACAAGCACGGUGACGAUCCCAACAAAGUACUGAACUCUUGGAAGAAUAAAAAUAAAAAACAAAUAUCCUCAGCCACAUCCAAUUCACAAGCGGCGUCAUCAAGUUCCUCCUACUUAUCCUCAGAUUUAGAUGGACUCGAAGCUGACAUAGGCAUUACUGGUGUAGCCAGGACAGACGCAGCUGGUGGUAUUCUUCAAACCGUCGGUGGUGUUACGCAUAUAAAUGGUGCUUUGCUGAAUCGUUUGCCGAGUCCGCCACGUGAUUUGGUUGCGCAAAUUGUGAAGCCACGCUUUGUGACGCUCAGUUGGAUGGAACCGAUGAAGAACCCAGUCGAAGUUGUGUCCUACACAGUGUUUUACAAGAUGAACAACAGUGAACGCGAACAAAAAAUCGUCACCAAAUCUCAUGAUGACCAACAGGUGAAUAUACAAAACUUGUUGCCUGGAAAAACAUAUCAGUUCCGUGUAGUGGCCAAUGCCAACUUUGGACCCGGUGACUCUUCUGAGGUUUUGGAAGUACUCACUCAACCGGAGGAAAAUAUUGCUGGUCCGCCACGCAACGUUGAUGGGCAUGCGACAAGCGAAAGAGAGAUUUUCGUUAAAUGGGAUCCUCCCACAGUAACCAAUGGCGAUAUAUUGAAGUAUCGUAUAUACUAUUCUGAGAAUGACAGCGGCGCUGAAAUGUAUCAAGAUAGCACGUCUCUGAGUGUUUUGCUCUCCGAGUUGCGUCCUUAUACCGAAUACACCAUUGCUGUGGUGCCCUUCAACAAGAAUGGCAUGGGUGACCCAUCAAAUGAGAAAGUUAAGACUUACUCAUCCACACCCACAGCCCCGAAUAAUGUGACGCUGGAAGUAACAAGUUCAACGUCUGUUACAGUACACUGGGAGCCACCAGCUGAAGAGGAGCGCAACGGUCAAAUCACAGGCUAUAAAAUUCGCUACAGAAAACUAAAAGAUACGCCACAAGUGAAGAGUACGCCAGCAAACAUACGCUACUUCGAACUAAACGGCUUGGAACGUCACUCUGAGUACCAAAUAAAAAUUGCCGCUAUGACCGUGAAUGGCUCGGGCCCCUUUACCGAGUGGAAUCGUGUCAUGACGCUCGAAAACGAUUUGGACGAGACGCAGGUGCCUGGCAAACCCGUUUGGAUUGGCAUACAUCCUGGUGGCGAUAACAUUGCGUUGCAUUGGGGCCCACCACAGCAGCAUGAAAUCAAAAUACGUAGCUAUGUGCUCGGUUGGGGUCGUGGAAUACCUGAUGAGAACUCAAUCGAAUUGAAAGAAUCGGAACGCUAUUAUGUACUGAAAAAUCUAGAAUCAAAUACAGAGUAUGUGGUAUCGCUGCGUGCGCGGAAUGUCAAAGGCGACGGUCCACCGAUUUAUGACAACAUUAAAACGCGUGACGAGGAACCACUCGACAUACCCGUGCCGCUUGAAGUACCUGUAGGCCUCAGAGCCAUUACCAUGUCCAGCUCAUCGAUAGUCGUCUACUGGAUAGACACCACGCUGAGCAAGAACCAGCAUGUCAUCGAUAAUCGUCACUAUACCGUGCGCUAUGGCAUCUCAGGUUCUAGUCGUUAUCGCUACCACAACACCACCGACUUGAAUUGCAUGAUCAACGAUCUCCGACCAAAUACGCAGUACGAGUUUGCUGUUAAAGUUGUGAAAGGACGCCGUGAGUCCGCAUGGUCUAUGUCGGUAUUGAACAGCACUUAUCAAAAUGUGCCAAUCACGCCGCCGCGUGAGCUAACAGUACGACCGGAUGAGCAGAAUCCGCAAAAUGUCAUACUACAAUGGCUGCCACCCAAACACAGUCUGGGUCAAAUAACCGGCUACAACAUUUAUUACACCACAGACACAACGAAACGCGACCGCGACUGGUCCAUUGAGGCAUUCGCAGGCGAUGAGACAAUGAUGAUGCUGCCCAAUUUGAAACCCUAUACCACUUACUAUUUCAAAGUGCAGGCGCGCGUAGGAAAAGGCGCCAGUAAUGCGCCCUUCUCAGCGCUUGUAGCCUAUACGACGUCGGCGACUGUGGUGAUGCAGGAACCGAAACCCAUUGCAAAGGGUAUCAGCAAUGAAAUCGUACUGUAUUCGGUGGUGGGUGUAGUUAUAUUAGUGGUAAUCGUUUUCGCGGUAAUAAUGGUGGUUGUGUGUCGACGCAAGCCCCAAUCCACACCCGAUCACAACAAGAAGAGCUACCAAAAUGUGGGAGUGCCAAAACCGCCAGAUCUAUGGAUACACCACGAUCAAAUGGAGCUGAAGAAUAUAGAUAAGAAUAUACACAGCACAACGCCAGUUUGUAGUGAUGGUGCUUCGAGUAGCGGUGCCUUAACAUUGCCACGCUCCGUGGUGCACGAGUACGAUGUAGACACGCCUGUGCCGGUUACAAAUUCAUUAGAUAAACGCUCGUAUGUACCUGGCUAUCUGACCACAUCGAUGAAUUCCACCAUGGAGCGACCCCAAUAUCCACGCACGCAAUAUAAUAUUUCAGCCAACCGCUCACAUAUGACCGUCGACACGGGUCACUCGCAGCAGAGUUUGACGCAACAGUCAGGCUCUUUGGCACAAACACCUGAGCAUCCCUACGGGUAUGAGGGAAAUUUCUGCAAUCCUGGCUAUCCAAAUGGCGGCGGCGGUGGUGGUGGUGCCGGCCCUGGCGGCGGCGCAGCCAGCAAUGGCGGCGUUUCAACUAUUGAGAGUUCUAAGCGUGGUCAUCCGUUGAAAAGUUUCAGUGUGCCAGGGCCACCGCCAACUGGAGGGGUAACACCUGUCAACAAGCACACACCGGCAGUCACAAUACGUCCACAAAAUCAAUCGCCCUACAAGAAACCCUCCUUCUCUGCUGCCACGCCCACAAAUCGCUUGCAAGGCGGCUCGUCAGUGGCACACUCCAACGAUGAAAUACAACGAUUGGCGCCAAGCACUUCAACGGAAGAACUCAAUCAGGAAAUGGCCAACCUCGAGGGACUUAUGAAAGAUUUGAGUGCAAUAACGGCAAACGAAUUCGAAGUUUAGCAGUAAAUAGAAUUAAGUGGACAAAUGAAUGCAAUGAACGAAAUUAUUAAAAAAAAAAACUUCGAAAACGUGCAACACACAAAUGGGAAAAUUUUGUCAACCUUAAUGUUGGGCGACGAUGAAGUGUAAAUUUUGCUGAAAGGUUUGCAGUAACGACAAAAACCUCGAUAAGCUUAGCGAAUCAAAAACAAUUUAAGAAAAUAUGAACUUAUGCCGGAUUGCCACUGGGGCAGUGAAAAUACAUU